CUCGAAGAGUGAACCCGGUGCUGGGUGUCCGUCUUGCGAUUCGGGCCAAACUGCGACGUGAGUUUCGUGGUAAACAUGCUGGAUUGUCAACAAGCCCAGGCGUCAACUGGAAGACCACCGCCGAACCAGGAGAAGAUGUCUCUCAGUGCUAUUUGGCAGACCCUUGUUAGGACGCAUCGUCUUCCCGAGGGAACCGAUAUACCCCCGCUGGUAUCGUCCUUGAGAGAUCGACUACACGACCCAGAAAAAGAAGUUCGACAGUAUGCAGCCAGGGUUCUAGCCGAUCUUAUCCUAGCUCUUCCAAAGAAUUCCCUAAAACAGCACAUAAGGCCCCUUCUUCCGAGCAUGAUAGCAAAUUUGGGCCAUACCUCUUUGGCAGUGAGAAAAAGUGUUCUGGACUGCCUCAAAGUCUAUAUAAAACAUUCUCCAACUCCUAACGAUGACUUCCUGGAAGUUAUUAGAACCAACGACGAGACCCCACAGAAUGUCCUCAAUGGUAUUUUGACCUUCAUACCCUCCUUGGUGAGGCCCGAUGUUCUCAGUAUGGAUUCCAUAGAGAGAGCAGUAGAUACCUUGUGGAACUUCAGUCAACAGUGUGUGAACGAAGAAAUUUGCUUGAAAUCCUUGGCUAAAAUCCGAUGGAAAAUAGGUCCUACCAUGUUCGAUAGAGUUAUCCAUGUAGAUCGCCUGAAAAGGUUCAACAAUUUAUCCGAGAAAUACGGUCUGUUCGAAACUGCAGAUGAAGAUUACUCCUCCAGCACUUCGGAGGACAAAUUGAUUCUGGAAACUGAAAUACAACUCGAUUCUGGAUCUUCUAUAAAGCUACAAAUACACGAAGAGAGUUCAGAUAGAGAGUUUGAGGGACGAAAUCCUGGAAUUCUCCGGGUAUUAGAAGAUGACAGUGAUAUUGAAUUUUACGAGUCGACGAGGGGCACACCAAGAACUCCUAGAAGAGUCCACUUUGGCGGCGAAAUCGUGAAAAUGCGAACUCCUGAAAGUGACAGUACACAAACGAGUGAUUCCGAAAAGAAAGUUAGGAAACCUACCUCAACACCAGCACAAAGUUUCGUGAAGGUACAAGAGAAUAUAGAUCCCACCAGAAAACCACCUAUUAAAGUAAGAAAAAGGAUGAGCAAAUCGCUGGAUAACUUGACAGCUCCUCCUGAAACUAAAACAUCGAAAAUCACCAAAAUUCCUAUCCCCAAAAAUUUAGCUCCUAAUACGUCAACAAAAACACCUCAGAUCAACAAACCUCGACUACACAAUUCGGCGCCUAACCUAUCUCGAACUUCCAAAAUACCAAAAAAAUUAACUAGUGACAAAGGAAAAAGCAAUAUUAAAACCACAUUCACCUCAGAAAGUAAAGUGAAACAAAACGGUGACGUAAAAGAUGUGGUCCCCGAUGCUGAUCAAAAGUUUACACACGAUAGCACUGUAUACAUGAUCAAAGAAAAUAUGAAAAUGAUAGAGCUCAAUAUAAAGAAUAACAUCGCGCUUCAAAUACUAUUUUCGAACGGAAAUGAUACUCCGAAUGGGAAAAAUGAAACUGCUGUAAAAAUCACCGAAUUGCCUCCAGAACCUGAUCCAAAAGUAUUAAAAAAAGAAGAUUUCACUCAAACUGAUACCGAACAAACGCAUAAUUCGAAAAAUGGUUCAAUGGAGAAAGAAAGACCUAUGUCUUCCGAAUCUAAGCCUCAUAUUACCAAAACUGAACAACAACAAGCUACUAUAAGCAACAAAACGGAAAUAACUGAAACAAAAUCAGAAGUAUCAUCUGAAAGUAUCGACAAAAAAAACAUACCCUCAACAUCGAAAACUACAGCGGAUCAAAAAUCUUCUAAAAAGCUGGAAAUCGACAACAAACCAGUGAAAAAAGGUAAAAAUCUUCCCAAACUUAACAUUCCUAAACCUAAAGAGGAGAUAGACAAACAACCACCAUCUCCGUUGAUUGAUGAGGAAGCUCUACUUGAGUGUGGAAAGCAGCCGAGGAGAUACAGUAGAGCUGAAGACAUACUCAGCCCUGUACCCGUUCAUAACGAGAUCCAAAUCCUCCAUAAUUUGGCCAGAAGCCCAGAACACAGGAAAACCAAGAGCAGACCGACAACAGCAACCAUAAAACCACAGCCACAAAGUCGACCUGGUACUGCGACCAUUCAAAAAACUUACGAGAGUUUCAGAGUAUUUCCUGAUGAUUUGACCAAUAAUAACUUCAAAGGGGACGUGGAAAAAACAGAUGGACAAAAUGCAUCCACGGAUGAGGUCCAAAUAGAAUCAAAACCUGAGGUUACAAGUGCUGAAGACGGGACGACCACGACCGAAGCAAAGAAGGAAGAUAUAAAAAUUAAAGAAGCACAAACAGGACUUCCAGGACCCUCUUGCUUAGGUACUAACGCAAAUGGCUUCAAACCACAAUAUUCACUGCCAGAAAUCAUUUCACAUUUAAGGGAAAUGGAUCUCACAAAAAAUCCUCACACCUUCGAUUCAAUCGUCAAUUCUUUGCAAGACGCGCAAUUCCUCGAAACUUUCGACGCAGACAACUUGAAACAUCUUCUGCAACUGCUGUUUCUGUACGAAACCCAAGCGAGAUAUAGGAAAGGUUCAAGAGACGCCCUGUACUCAAUUUUGGAGAACGUUCCAGAAGCUGUAAUGAAGGAGUGCCUACCUCAAAUUGCCAAGGGUAUUGGUAGAAUGGGCGCACCCCAUGGGAUAAAAUUGGCUAUCAUCGUUAUGAAGAGAACGCAUUUUGCAGAACUCUUGAAUCACCUUCCAUUUGAAAGCAGCAGAGGAAGAGAAGGAUCUCUACAGAUACUCAUAGCUGCUUCCCGACUCUUUCCGAGCACUGAUGUCAAGGUAGAGGACGCAAUCAAACUAGCUGUAUCCACAAUGAAAGAUAGGAAGAGAAAAGUGAAGCAUGCUUCUUUGGAGGCUCUUGCCAGUUUGGCGCAAGUAGGUGGCAACACUACAAUACUUGAAAUAGCCAAGAAGGUACUAAAGGACGAGGAGAAUAAGGAGAAUCUGCUAAACGUCAUCAGAGCAAGGUUAUCCCGAAGACAGCUUCCAAUGGUAGACUUCGAUGGUAACAUCAGAUACACCAUCCCCCGAGAACAGAUCGAAAUAGAUUGGCUUUGUCCAGGUGGACAAUCAAACCAUUCUGCCCCCUCUCUGUUGCAGUCCCUCCAAAGGAACGGUCUACGUCAAGGGGAUGACCUCGUACCGUUGAAAGGUAGCAACGCAGCUGUGAUUCCUCUGGAUCUGCAACAGAAAAGAUUGGCUCACAGAAAAGGAAUACUCCGACCGGUCUACUGUAUCCUGCCCUCACCAGAAGAAAGCGAUGAAGGACCGCCUUUCUACUAUCCAGAGGAUUACAUACGUGGCAGAUCCAUCCUCCCUCCAACAGAAAAAACUAGGAGUGAAUCACAAGAUCGUUCCAAGUGGAAACAGGGAGGUCCAAGACGAAGGUUUUCCACGAAGUACGACAUAAGGAAAAGCUUCUCCUCUGAUCAAUUGUAUCACAGUCAGCCCAUAAGUUUAGAUUAUAGAAAUAAUGUGACUUCCACCUCCUCAGUUUCCUCAGGAUCAGAUUAUAGUAGUAGUAAUGGAAGCCAAAGCAGAAGCAUUCACUGGCAAGGAUCAGGAAUACCUGUCCUAAGACCACGUGGAUAUUGGGGUUCUUAUUCUGAUAAAUCCAGUGCAAAUAUAGAAAACCUUUGGGGACUAAGAGACGAAACCAAAUACAAGUUUCCAAACAUUUUCAAUCUGUGUUCGUGCUUAAAACGGAGAUCCAGAAUUGGAGAUGUCACAAAAAUGGCCACCCCGAUUUUGGAAACAUCGACGUACCCUGAACCAGAAAAGAAAUCUUCUCAUGAAAGUCCUUCAUCUAUACGGAGCAUUCAGCGGCAGUCGUCGGGAUCUGAAUCUUCUGGAUAUUUUACACCUCCACACGCUGAGAGACCUAGUGCAGCUCCGAGUCCAGUUCAAAGGCCGGACUCGGUUAUCAAGGCUGUUACGCCUCUGGAAAGUCCCCAGAGGAUAGUCGCUUCAGCUAAGGAACCCUUAGAAACACAAACCAGCACCGACGAACCACCUGGAGAAGAAACGGUGGAGUAUAUAGAGGUGAUAAAUAGCAUUCCUCAAGAGCCCACAAUAGAAAAGUUAGAAACUGAAACUCUUCAAACGAAAUCCGAGUAUGAGCCAACAGAACAAGUUACAAAUUUCGAAGAAGACCACAAUGAUCCAAACACCAACCGGAAAGGUCUCGAUGAAACAGACCGAAAAGCUUCAUGUCCCAGUAUGAGCGAAUUCGACUUGGAAAUAACCAGACCCAUUGUAGAAAACAGGAAAUGGUCGAGAUCGGAAGCAAACUUGGAAAAGAGCUUACCGAUAAUCGUGGAUAGGAAGAAUGUGAACUCAGCGCCUUUGAUCAAAGACAUAUCGAACAACAACGCAACUGCAGAUGUUGAGGAGAAAGUUUUUAAUGCUCCCACGCACAUCUGCAACAACACGAACAUCAACAUCACCAUACCACUACCCGGCACCUUGAUCCAGGAAGAAGAAUUACCCCCGGAACCAACUUUUGUCAGGAGGUUGUCGAAAAGGUACAGUCAAGUCCCCGUUCCCAAAAGAGCUGCACAGAAGUCAAAAACGGACAGCGCUCGCGGAAGCUCCAAAUCAAAAUCGGACGUUUUACGCGAUAUUCUCCAUCAAAUGAGUAGCCCGGAAUGGGAGGUGGUCAUGACGGGUUUGAGGAACUUGGGAAAACUUGCAAAGACGAACAACGAGAUCAUGGAGCCGCAUAUGCACACAAUAUGUUUGGCGCUCUCCAAUCAGAUCAAAAACUUGAGAUCACAGGUCGCAAGAGCCGCUUGCCAAGCUUCUAAGGAGAUGUUCAUAUCCUGCUCUCAGAAAGGCCUGGAAGCGGAGCUCGAGGAAAUUGUUGGUCCACUUCUUCAUCGUACAGCGGACACUAACAAGUUCCUUCGAGAAGAUGCGAAUAACGCCCUCAACGUGAUGACGGAAAAAAUCCACCCUGCUAAAGUUGUCACUGUCCUAACAUCCAAAGGCACAACGCACCAGAAUGCCAUUGUUCGUUGUACUACCACGAGACUCCUGGAGCUGCUUUUCAGAAUACAUGGGACGGAAAAAUUGUUCUCACUGGGCAAAGAAGUGAGGGACAGGGCCAUUUUAGCUGGAGCCAAUGCACUAACUGAAGGAAGCUUAGAAACGAGAAAGCAUGCAAAGGCGCUACUGAGACACAUGAUUUCAUAUCCGAAUUUCCAGAAGGCCCUCUUGGAGGCAGUACCUCCUCACACAAUCAGACAUAUCGCAAAAACCUUGAAUUCUUUGAAAAGCUCUCAGUAAUGUUUCAUGAAAAAAACAGACUGAUCUAUUUUCUACGUCUAUGGAAGUUGGUGCUAAGAAAUGACUUUCAAAGUAGAAAAGAAUACUGUAUAUAUUUGAAGGUUCUAGUCAUUAUUUUUAUUUCGUUGAAAUUUUUUCGAUUAUUAGAUUUGUUUAAUGAAUUUAUAGGUUAAAUAUAUUUUGUUAAAUGUUAUUCGUUAUCUCGUAGGUAUACUCUUUACGUUAUAGUGUUAUAUAAACUGUUUAUACCGUGAAUAAAUGAAUAGUAUAUUG